AUGGUGGCCAUGCUUUCCGACGUCAAGCCCUUCGCUCUGAGCGCUGCCGUGCUCUACAUCAAGUUCCUGGUCUGCACCACGAUUCAGGGCCGCAAGGCCUUCGCCGCCGGCACGCGCAUGACGGAGGACACGAUACGGCCCCAAGCCAAGAUCUCCCAGCAAGGGUUCGCAGACCUCACGGUCGACCACAUUCAGCUGGCUGCAGAGGAAGAGAUGCGCUGGAAGCGGAUCAUUCAGAACGAUCUCGAGUCCAUGCCCUUGGCCUCCGUUGGCUUCUGGAGCGUCAUCAGCGUCGGAGUAAGCAGCACCUUGACCCAGACGCUGCUGCUGGUCUACACUAUCGCUCGCGUCGGUCACACGAUCGUCUACUCCCAGAGCCUACCUCGCGCGCGCAUGGUGCUUUGGAUUGUCGGCGUGGCGUGGCGCCGUGGCUAG